ACAUGACAAUGAGGUUGAACACAGUGGUGUGUGUUGCUCUGGCUCUUCUUCUCAAUCUAACAGUGUGCUGCCAAGCCUCACUUAACACCAGGAUUAUUGGUGGAGGAGAUGCGACUGAAGGGUUUUGGCCCUGGCAUGUAAGCAUUUACACAAGCAGGUCUAAUAUCAUUGUCUGUGGUGGGAGUCUCAUCAAUAAAGACUGGGUUUUGACUUCAGCUUUUUGCUCUAAUAAUAUAAAUGACGUCGGCAGUUCAAACUUUAUAAUCUACUUGGGUCGUCUGAAGCAGUCUGGCCCAAACACACAUGAGGUUAAUAGAACACUGAGUCGUGUCAUCACACAUCCUAACUAUACCAGCUCUACUUCUGACAAUGACAUAGCACUGCUCCAGCUCUCUUCUUCUGUGGAUUUCACUGCUCAUAUUAAACCAGUCUGUCUGGCUGCUGCUGGUAGUGAGUUUGAUGAAGGAAUUCAAAGUUGGGUCACAGGAUGGGGUGUCACUUAUUCAGAGGAAUCUCCAGACAUUUUACAAGAAACAGAGAUUGCAAUCGUCAGCAACUAUAAUUGUAGUAUUGUCUAUACUAAUAGAAUCAGUAUCACAGACAACAUGAUGUGUGCUGGACUGACAGAUGGAGGGAAAGGCUCAUGUUCUUAUGAUAAUGGAGGUCCACUGGUCACUAAGCAGAGCUCCAGGUGGAUUCAGGCUGGAAUUGUAUCUGUGGGGUGUGACAGCAGUUUACCGAGUGUGUUCACCAGAGUGUCUAAAUAUCAAGACUGGAUCAACACUCAGAUAGACAACAACCAACCUGGAUUUAUUACAUUCUCAUAUUAUAAUAAUAACACUCUUGAUCCGAUUAGCUAUAUUCCUGAUAUUUAUGACAUCUUCAGUGGAAGCUCACCUGAUCUUCACUUAUUUCCCUUUUACCUCACAUUCACCAUCAUCUCUCUCAUCUUCUGUCCAUGAUUUCAGUAUAUUUGGUUGUGGUUAUUUGAUAAAGAUUUACAUGAACAUUAAUUCAUUUUGCAGACGGUUUUAUCCAAGCAAGAGAUCAUUCAACACUUUGUCAACAUGUUAAUAAGAACUGGUAGUUGACCAGGUCAUGUUACAAGAAAGAUAAAGUGAGCAAGGGAGAGAAACAUUUGUGUUUAGGUAUCAAAUAUGUGUUUCUUUGGAUAAAAGAAUGUGCCAGAUAAAAAAAGGGGAAAUGAUAAAAAAAUAUUUUAUAACCAUAAAUAUAUACUUUUUAGAAUGAACCUUUAAUAAAAAUUUUAAACAUUUGUGUAUUUUACAAUAUAUUGUCAUUUGAUUUGGGAAAUAAUUUCAAUCUUUGGUGUAGAACAGAUCGUUUAAAAGACUUUCUGGCUUAUGAAAAUUUUAGGCUCCCGGUUCAGAUUUUAUUUUUAAAUAACAAUAUACCUCAAUUAAUCCACUUCUAUUGAAUAAUUUAUAGUUCCUGACAAUCCACUGACAUCAGUGUACAUUGCAUAGAGAAAAACUUUCAAUAAAAUUAUCUUAUAGCCGUUAAUUCUCUUUCGUUUUCCUCUAGUAUUAUAUUGAUUAAAUUUCUUCUUAUGAUGUAUGUAAAGCUGCUUUACAACAAUGAAAAUUGUGAAAAGAGCUAUAUAAAUAAAAUCAAAUUGAAAACUCUCUCAA